CUCUCUUUCUCUCUCUGUCUGACCAAAGCGCAAGAAGAACUCUCAGAAUAUUUUUUUAGAGAGAGAAACUAGAGAGAGAAAGAGGGGGAUCAGGUCGUAUGAUCUUGCGUAUACACUGGCGUGCCGGUUUGUUUUGGGCGAUCGAUUGGGCACAAGGAAAAUCCGAAGAUGGAUUUGAUCAAGAACGUCAAGUCUCUCGACUGGGAACACGAAUCCGAUCCAGCCUACGAAGAUUUCAUGAUCGUCCCUCUCCUUUCUCUGUUCUUCCCCACAGUUCGAUUCUUUCUCGACAGAUUCGUUUUUGAGAAAUUGGGGAGACGAUUGAUUUUUGGAAGGGGGCAUCAGGCGCAGGAUUUGCAGACGGAAGAGAAAAGGAAAAAGAUUAGAAAAUUUAAGGAGUCAGCUUGGAAAUGGGUUUACUUUCUUUCAGCAGAGCUUCUAGCUCUCUCUGUAACGUAUUAUGAGCCUUGGUUUACUAAUACAAGAAACUUCUGGGUGGGUCCAGGAAAUCAAGUCUGGCCCGACCAGAAAAUAAAGUUGAAAUUGAAGGGAUUGUAUUUGUAUUCUGCUGGAUUCUACGCAUAUUCCAUCUUUGCUUUGAUUUUUUGGGAAACAAGGCGCUCUGACUUUGGGGUGUCAAUGAGUCAUCAUGUUGCAACAUUCAUUCUCCUAGUGCUUUCUUACAUUUUCAGGUUUGCUCGUGUUGGUUCAGUUGUUUUAGCUAUUCAUGACGCCAGUGAUGUGUUUCUUGAGGUUGGGAAGAUGUCUAAAUACAGCGGUGCAGAAGGGGUGGCUAGCUUUGCUUUUAUUCUUUUUGUUAUAUCAUGGGUCAUAUUGCGUCUCAUUUACUAUCCGUUUUGGAUCCUUUGGAGUACAAGUUAUGAAGUUAUUCUUACCUUGGACAAGGAAAAGCACCCAGUAGAGGGACCAAUUUAUUAUUAUGUUUUCAAUUGUCUCCUCUACUCCUUGCUUGUUGUUCACAUUUAUUGGUGGGUGUUGAUGUAUCGAAUGCUUGUCAAGCAAAUCCAAGCAAGAGGCCGCAUUAGUGAAGAUGUUCGAUCUGAUUCCGAAGGUGAAGACGAACACGAAGAUUGAUAAGGAAACAAAAUUCACCGCUAUAACUUUGACAUUGCAAAAGAUAAAGGGCAGCUUACUUCUGAUUUAUGGAGAGGAAAAAAAAAUAAUUUUGGUCAAGAAAUCCCUUUAUAACUGAAGGGUUAUAUUGCUGGCUCAACUUCGAAUUUUGGAGCAGGUUGAUAACGGAUCUCAACUGCUUGAGAAGUUUGAUUCUUGAUCUUAGAUUUUGGAUGUUGUAACCCCAUUGCCUUGGCUUUUUGAGUCUGUUGGCUCGCAAUUGAUUUGUUUCAAGGAUGUUAAUAUUAGCUUGAAAUAGUUUUACUUGGACUAGAAUAGUCGAUUCGGCAGGUCUCGAAAUUUUGCACAUGAAUUCAAUCAUUCUUUUCCCCGAUAGCGUUGUUGUAACCGGAAAUUUUCUUGUCUUUAUAGUUUUCUUUUGUAUCCAUGAUUGAACAGAUGUUCUUUGGAUUGAUUGUUGAUUCAUUACAAGUGCAAGCUAGCAAUACUGAGGUUUAUGAGUCUUUUGUGUAGGGAUGCUUCCCCAUCCCCGCCCCUAU